CGACAAGCAAACCACAAGCAAGCGCAGCCAGCAGGAGUUGUGGGGAACAAGUUCGCGCGAACGACAAGAAAAGAGAGACAGCAAGCAAGCAAGCAAAUAGCCACCGUCCCCUUGUGACCACCUGACUCGCAGCAGAGACCCCCCCCCCCCCAAAGACCUCAACAAGAUGCAGGAGGAACAAGAGUUUGUGGAAGAGGAACAGGGCGGACCCAUCCCCAUCAACAGAUUGGAGGGUCAAGGCAUCAGCGCAAAUGACUGCAGAAAGUUGACAGAUGCUGGCUACCACACAGUGGAGAGUGUGGCCUAUGUGCCCAAGAAGCAGCUGCUUGGUGUCAAGGGCAUCAGCGAAGCCAAGGCCGACAAAAUCAUCAACGAGGCGUCGAAACUACUGCCCAUGGGCUUCACCACAGCAUCCGAAUUCCACCAGCGGCGACAAGAGAUUGUGAACAUUUCGUGCGGGUCAAAGGAACUGGACACGUUGCUGCAAGGCGGCAUUGAAACAGGGUCCAUCACGGAAAUGUUUGGUGAAUUCAGGACUGGCAAGACCCAGCUCUGCCACACACUCGCCGUCACAUGCCAGUUGCCAAUUGACCAGGGCGGUGCAGAGGGCAAGUGCCUGUAUAUCGACACGGAGGGCACGUUUCGACCGGAGCGCCUGCUUGCAGUUGCCGAGCGCUAUGGCCUCAGUGGCGAGGACGUGCUGGACAACGUUGCCUACGCACGCGCCUACAACUCUGACCAUCAAAUGCACCUGCUUCAACAAGCAUCGGCCAUGAUGGCCGAAUCACGGUAUGCCUUGAUGGUGGUUGACAGCGCGACGGCGUUGUUCCGCACAGACUACUCUGGCCGCGGCGAGCUCUCUGCGCGCCAGAUGGCGCUGGCCCAGUUCCUGCGCACCCUCAUGCGUCUUGCCGACGAGUUUGGCAUUGCCGUGGUCAUCACCAACCAGGUUGUGGCGCAGGUCGACGGCGCCGCCAUGUUUGCCGCUGACCCAAAGAAGCCCAUCGGCGGUAACAUCAUGGCCCACGCUUCCACCACCAGGUUGUACCUUCGCAAGGGCCGCGGUGAGACGCGUGUGUGCAAGGUGUACGAUUCCCCGUGCCUGCCAGAGUCGGAGGCUGUGUUUGCCAUCAACGCAGACGGUAUCGGCGAUGCCAAGGACUGAGGCGGCCUGCACCUGGGUUUGCGGCACACUUGAUGUGAUGCUGUCGAGAAGAAGAAGAAAAAAAAUGAGACUUGCUUCCUUGCUUGCUUCCUUGCUUGCUUCCUUG